AUGAACAACUCAUCUUCUUCCGGUAGCUUUUCAAAUCGCCGGAGUCCGGUGGCCAGCGUGAAACAUCCAAGUUAUCGUGGUAUACGGAGUCGUAGUGGGAAGUGGGUGUCGGAGAUCCGGGAACCACGUAAAAGCAAACGUAUUUGGCUUGGGACAUACCCAACACCGGAGAUGGCUGCGGCAGCGUAUGAUGUAGCUGCUUUAUCACUUAAAGGCCGUGAUGCAAUGAUAAAUUUCCCAGAUUUUUUUGGAACAUACGCAUUGCCGCUUUUGCCGGAGCCUGCCAUGAUAAGGAGUGCAGCUGCAGCUGCAGCGGAGCUGAUGAAGUCUUCCUUGGAUCAGUUUACGUUAGAGUCUGGUGGUGACGGAGAUACCUACCUUCCUGCCGAGAAUAACUUUUUGGACGACGAAAUCCUUUUCGAUAUGCCAAAGUUGCUGGUAGAUAUGGCGGAAGGAAUGCUGAUAAGUCCCCCACGGCAGCACAGUACUGACGAUUUGUCUCCAGUGGGCUCCUCUGAUUGUCAUAAUUUGUGGAGCUACUAG